CAGUGUUUUUUUGUAUCUUGAUUUGAUAUUUCAUUAUUCACAACAUAAACUCCGCGUCCGGUACCCGGUAAUUGUAGUGCGAGUGCAUAAUAUUCAAUAAUUUGUUAAUAAUUCCAACACCAAAGUCAAUAUAAAAUGUCUAUUUUUGAAAGUGUGGAAAAGGGUCCUGCAAUUGAAGUCUUUGCAUUAAACAGAGCUUUUCAGGAGGAUACUUUCCCCAAAAAAACAAAUCUGGGUGUUGGAGCCUACCGUGAUGAAGAUGGAAAACCAUGGGUUCUACCGGUUGUUAGAAGCACAGAAAUAAAGAUCGCUACCGACGAAACAAUUAAUCAUGAAUAUUUACCAGUUUGUGGAACGGAUGCAUAUACAACCGCUGCAACAAAACUGCUUUUAGGAGAGAACUCGCCUGCCAUAGCUGAAAAACGAACAUUUGGUGUUCAAACACUUUCGGGAACUGGUGCAUUGCGUCUGGGAGCUGAUUUCUUGGCCAAGAAAUUGGGUAGAACUGUGUUCUAUUACUCUGACCCUACAUGGGAAAACCACCGAGCUGUAUUUUUGGCAGCAGGAUUUACAACUGGCAAAACCUAUAGAUAUUGGAAUCAAGAAAAGCGUGGAAUUGACUUUGAAGGAUUCGUUGAGGAUUUAAAUGCUGCCCCUGAAGGAGCAGUAAUAAUAUUGCACACAUGCGCUCACAAUCCAACUGGAUGUGAUCCCACAAAAGAACAAUGGCAACAGCUUGCAAAGGUCAUAAGUGAAAAGAAACUGUUUCCAUUUUUCGACUCUGCUUAUCAAGGUUUUGCUAGCGGAGAUCCCGAUAAAGAUGCUUGGCCAGUACGCUAUUUUGUUGAAAACAACUUUGAACUACUAGCUGCUCAAUCUUUUGCCAAGAACUUUGGUUUAUACUGUGAACGUGUUGGAAACUUAACAGUUGUUCAAAAAUCUGAAGCAACAACCGCAGCUGUUCAUUCCCAAUUAACUUUGCUUGUCAGAAUGACUUACUCAAAUCCUCCAGCAUACGGUAGCAGAAUCGUCUCAACAGUCUUAAAUGACCCUAAACUUCGUCAGGAAUGGAUGGAUUGUAUACAAAUCAUGUCUAAGAGAAUCAUGACAAUGAGAACUAAACUCCGAGAUCUUCUUAUUGAACUCAAGACACCAGGAAACUGGGACCACAUUACCCAACAAAUAGGAAUGUUUUCUUACACUGGCUUAAAUGAGAAUCAAGUUAAGUUCCUCGUUGAAGAAUACCAUAUUUAUUUACUUAAAUCCGGUAGAAUAAAUAUGUGUGGACUUAAUAACAAUAACAUCGAAUAUGUUGCGAAAGGAAUUUAUGAUGCUGUUACCAAAGUCAACUAAUAUUGUCUGAGAGUUAUGAUUGUAGAAAAAAGGAAGCAAUUUAAUGGUGCUAUUAUAUGAUGCGCUAUGGCUAUAGAAUUCCUUAAAUGCAUUUUGAAAAAUUGUUUGUUUUUUCCAAGCAUUAUGUUAAAUUUAUUAAAAAAACUAGUUUCAUGUAAAAUACACCUUAAAAAUUGA